AGCCACAGCCCAUAAUAUAACUCACUCACUCACUCACUCAGGCAGUAAAAGAGUGAAAACACUACUAUAGUCUAGAAUGUGAGGCAAUUGAACUGCUUUUCAGAUUUUUUGUGUAAAGUAUAAGGCAAAACCUGUACUUUCUAUCCAGAAACAUCAUGUCAAGCAAAGAAUCAAAGGGGAAGGUGUGUGCCGUAGGAGACAUGUACACAUUCACCGUGGAUCUAAGUGCGUUCUCACCAGAGCAAGUGAUCAUUACCUCUUCGAAUAACCUCAUCCACAUUUCUGCUGAGAAGUUGGAAUCAGACGGGACAAUCGUGGACACAUUUUCACACAAAUGGCAGUUUCCAGCAGACGUAGACCCCAUGUCAGUGACUUCGUCCUUGGGGAACAGCGGUGCGCUGACAGUUAGAGCUUGGAAACAGAAAGCUAAAGUUUAGACAACAAACAAUUCAAAUACAGAAGUGAGGACAGCAUUGGUCCCUACAGCAUCUGCAGAUUUUUUUUUUCCUGCAUACCACAAUUAAGUGUUCUCUUUUUGUGAUUAGUGAAUACUUUAUGCAAAUGUAUUUCUCGCAUUUUUGUUUGUUCUUUUUUCUUUAGCUGAUUUAGAUCUAGCUUUAUAUGGUUAUCUAGGUAAUCUAGACAAUUAAAUUAAUUAUGCAUUAUUAUCUCUUGGGUUUUGGCUGUACUAAUAAAAGGUUACAUAUUUAAUGUAUGUUUAUUUAUAACAUUGUUACUCUUAUGUAAUAUGUAAGCUAUAAAUGUGUGAAGUUUAUAUACAUUCUUUCGAUAUUUCAAAUGAUAAGUAAAUAUCUUUUGUUCAACAUAGACAACUUUAUUAUUGGAAUUGAUUGGGAAAAUGAACAAAAAAAUUAGACCCAUUCAUCAAUACUUGUCUUCAUGGUCAGAUGUCAGAAUUAGUUGAGGUAGCUUUUUUUUUUUUUAAAUUCAUAAUAUUGUUUAUUGCACUGUCAACUUUUAUUAUUAACCGUAAUUUGAACUGCAUCUUUAUCAGUUAAGCUUAUACUGCGUUCAACUAAAUUCGACUCAAAAUUUGCAAUGUCUGACUUGGGAAAAAAAAAAAACAAAACAAAGAAAACUUGGAAUUCCUAGUCGGGGAGGUCUGAUAAACCCCGAGUUCAGCUCAUGACAUCAAAUCAACAUGGCCGCUCACAGCAUCAACAGUAAACAAAUAAGCAAUACUUUUAAAUGAGUUAUACAGUAUAUACUAGUAUUUUCUUUAGAACAGUCAACAGAGAGACACAUUAGUUUGUUAAAUCUAUGACACUGACUAUACAGUUCGCUGUUUUGAGGAGGUAAUACAUCACUCAUAUCACUAACAUAAGCUGGCUAGAUUAUCGCUGUUUCCCACUUUGUAGCUUGAAUGCAUAGAGAAUGACAUAAUUCUGACUUCCCACUUCCCCCUUAACAUGGUCUAGCAGUGAUUAAAUUGAAAAUAAUAUUACUUAAGGAGGGCACGAUAGUGCAGCAGGUAAUGCUGCAGGUUCACACUCCAGGCUUCCCGAUUUGUUCUUUAUUGUUUGUGAAGCUUCGCAUAUUGUCCCUGUGUCCAUGUGGGUUUCCUCCAGGUGCUCCAGUUUCCCCCCACCUCCCAAAACAUACCAGAAGGUGGACUGGCUACAGUAAAUUGCCCCUAGGUGUGAAGGUGUGUGUGU